UCACUGCAGCAGCAAGCUUGCAUGCAGCUAGCACUCUGUACGAGGAAGUUAGACACGCCUUCGUCUCAUACAACAUUGCAUUUUAUCGUUAAAACAGUUUAACAAGAGUACAGUAUCUGAAGAUGGCAUAUCCAGGCUAUGGAGCUGGUUACCCGGGUGGUGCCCCAGCAGGCUAUCCUGGUGGUGCCCCAGCAGGCUAUCCAGGUGCAGCCCCAGCAGGUUAUCCCGGUGCUGGUUACCCAGGAGCAGCCCCAAUGGCAGAUCCAUUGUGGGGUUACUUCUCAGCGGUGGCAGGUGCAGAUCAGCAAAUCGAUGCUAGGGAACUGCAGAACUGCCUGACAACAUCAGGCAUUGCUGGAAGCUAUCAGCAAUUCAGUCUUGAGACAGCUCGCAUUAUGAUUGCAAUGUUGGAUCGUGACUUUUCAGGCAAAAUGGGUUUCAAUGAGUUUAAGGAGCUCUGGGCUAGCUUAAACCAAUGGAAGCAAACCUUUAUGACCUAUGACCGAGAUCGCUCUGGUACUGUAGAGCCACAUGAGCUGCAUGCAGCAAUUUCCAGCUUUGGUUACACUCUUAGCCCGGCAGCAUUGAAUGCCCUUGUCAAGCGUUAUUCAACAAACGGUCGCAUUAACUUUGAUGAUUUUGUCGCAUGUGCAGUCCGUCUCAGAUCUCUUACAAGUGCAUUCCAAGCCCGUGAUGCUCAAAAAAAUGGUUGGGCCCAGUUUCAGUACGAUGAUUUCAUCCAGUGUGUAAUGUGCUUGUAACCGAUCCAUGUAAUUGGCAGAGGACCAUAGCUUUCAAGUUUAUGCUUAGAUAAUACAGUUUAAUUCCAUGAAUCUUUUUAAGUAUAUUUGCAAUGUGUAUGUAUGUGUGUGUGUGAGGGAACAGGUUUUUGGAAACUAAAAUUAUAUUUGCUUGAUUUAACACUUUUGAAAUUGAAGGUAUUGUUAAAUUAUCUAUUGCACUAAUAACAAGAUAAUUCAAAUAUUUAAUCUUAAAGCAAGAUAUGUGACAGUGAUGUUAUACAUUUAUUCAUUCUUGGUAAGAGUAGGGGCCCGUUCGAGCGAAAAAAUAUCCGUGCGAUUUACCAGUUAAUUCACCGGUACACACUUUCUAAAACCGCUCGGACACUAGUCUAAUUACCUUUCCAUCUGGAUUAUCCGCGACAAUUUUGCUGGGUAGAAUACCGUGUAUGGAAUGGAGCCGGAGGCGAUGAUAAAUCAACCUUAAUUGUUUUUCCAAAAGUUUUGCCCACAACCUAGCGCCAAAUUCAAUAGGUUUAACGGCCCAGGCGUGGCUGCAGCUCUCCUUCGCCUCCUCACAAA